CAACCCACUCCUGAUCGCCUUCUUUCGCUCACCGUUUGAAUCACCCAUAUUUAUGCAGUGACCCGAGACUCAGCGGCUGGGUUGGAAUCAGUGGGAGUCAUCGGCGGUAACUUCACUCGAAGUCUCCAAACGAAAGGAACGAAAACAGCCCUUCCCAAAGACACACGGUCAAAAUGUCGUCGGGGUACGCCAACAACCAGUUCGCUGCCUUACGGUCAUUGAAACGAGUGCGACGGCCGGCUGGCUCCACUCCGACGGGCCUCGGAAAUCCCAGGUUAUCAGAAGCAGUGCUGGCUGCUGCAGGGUCUGAAACAGCCGGGGAGCAGAACACCGAGCAAUACGAGGCACCGUCACGAAUUGACCGGACGGAAGCGGUCUCGCCAAAGCGCAAACGGGUGGCGAGGGGAACGGCAGAUGGACAGGCUAGAGAUGUGCCAAUGUCUACGGUGGAGCAGCGACCGGAAACCUUUGUAUCGAACGGGGUAGACCUGUGCAUCGUCAGGUUGAAGGCCGACGAGUCAGUAUGCUUCAACGGCGUCUUCGACUUUGCCGUGCUGAAGGGGACGGUGCAGGUGUAUGGACAUACGUUCCACAGUGAUCCAGUAUGGUCGUACAUCGCAGCACAACCUCACGCUGCGAAAGCACCAUAUCCCGGGUUGGACUUUGUCCAAUGCUACAGCCCCACAACGCACGCUUUGCCCGUGUUCAGAGCCACCCAGCAACCAGCGAACCAGAGGAGCAUGCCUCCAUCGAUAUCUAUGUCGGAAGCGAAUGUAGAUCAAAUCUCGCUGGCUUCUGUUCAGAAACUGCUAGUGAAGGUAGCUGAAGGCCCGCAUCAGCUGCUGGAUGAGACCCUUUUGCUGAUUCGGGCCAUGUCUGAUCGAAGCGUUGUAAACAUCGGACGACGUGUGCCGGGAUUCGCGCAUCUGUUCAGAAGCAAAGAUCAACAUACCGGGCUUCUCGAUAUCCCCGGUGUCUACCCGCUAUGGAAUUCCACACCUGAACUGAAGCCAUUGAUAAUACCCAAACCAUGGGAAGAUGUUACUGAGGGCAGCUUAAGCGAGAGCGACGGCACCCCGGACCGUUCGGUCCAUUGCGUCGUCGGAUCCAAAAAUAUGGGGAAGUCAACGUUCGCCCGGUACCUAGUGAACAAGCUGCUAAACCGAUACGAGCGUGUCGCAUACCUGGAUUGCGACUUGGGUCAAUCAGAGUUCACACCGGCCGGCAUCGUCUCCCUGCAUGUUAUCACUAGGCCAUUACUGGGUCCACCGUUCACCCUCCUACGAGAUCCAUACCAAUGUUACUUCAUCGGAAGCAGUUCACCAAAAGAGGACACGGAUCACUAUCUAGCAUGCUUACGAGAAUUGGUAAACGUGUACGAUAAGGAGCUGCUGGCUCAGGACGACAUUCCCGUUCCACUGGUGAUCAAUACGCAUGGCUGGGUCAAAGGAAUGGGACUUGACCUCCUCGUCCAUUUCUUACUCGACGCACGGCCAUCACGGAUAUAUCAGUUAGGCGUCCAUGAGACCACGUCGUAUAGUUCCGCAAAGAACAUCAAUGUGGAUUUGAAAGCGAUUGUGAACGAUAUGUGUGGUGGAGGGUAUACCGGGCAGGUCUUGCAUAUACCCACGUCAGCGGAUCUCAGUUUGCCACGGCAAAACACCGUCCGCUUUGGUGCCAGCGAGCUCCGCCACCUCUCCCUACUCUCCUACUUCCAUCAAUCCGCAUUCGGCCCCUCGCUCUCCAACUCCCACUCCACACCAUCCGCCCCAACAAACCCGACAUGGAACUUUGACGAAUCCCUCACAGCACAAUUACCAUAUGAAGUACCUUUCCAAACCGUCCGGAUCAUGUUCCCUAAUGCUGAAGUGCCGUUUAGUCAGACUCUACAUGCGCUGAAUGGGUGCAUCGUCGGGCUGGUGAUCGAUCGCACGGAGUACGCUGCCGCACCCGUGGUGGAUUCCGAGGAGGAGGAAGGCAACGCCGAUGACACCGAGACAGAGACAACCACCAGCGCAGCAUCGUCACUGCGGAUCAUCCCACCAGGCGUUUCAAUCGCCCCGCACAGGCACUAUUGCGUCGGGUUGGGCCUGAUACGGGGAAUUGACCCCGUGAGACAGGUCUUUCAUGUCUUGACGGGCCCCAUCCCGGCGGAACAUCUGUCGAUGGUGAAUACGCUGGUUAGAGGGCCGGGGUAUGAGACGCCUGUGGGGCUUUUUGGCAGCGGUUAUGAGAAUUCCCGUGCGCACUUACCCUACACCAGUCGCCUAUCUUCCGAAGGUUUCGGAUCACUAGCAUGGCGUACGCGACACAACCUUCUCCGCAAGCGGCCCAGACAGCUGUAGACGCCCUCAAUAGUCCGCAACUUCCUUCGAUUUAGAUGUCCUUUGUAGACACCUCGGAUAGACCUUACCCAGCAUAAUUUAAGAAAACCACAACCUCUUCACGAGCCUCGAGC